AUGAAACGACCACUCCCAACGGCUAUGAACGCCUCCGAUGGCGAAACCGACUACUCCACGGACGAUACCCCCUCGAGCACGGGGUCCGACGACGGUUGGGUUGACUUUGGCUGCGGCGAUUUGUACAAGGACAUCUGCGGCGGCGGCGACGACGAUGACGACGACAACAACAACGGCAACGGCAACAGCGACAACGACGACUCCGACUCCGAUCAAGGUCACACUCACACCACCUACAUCAAGAUCAAGUCCAAAAACGGCGCAUCCAGCCGGGUGAAGCCGCCCACCGUCUCUGUCAAACAUCGUGCGCCUCAUUCCAGAGUAAAGCGCCGUGAUUAUACCAGUGACCGCGAGUUCACCGUCUGCUUCCUCAUGAUCCUGGUCAUUCUGGCACUCUUGUUUCCUGAGGGAGCAUCUGUUUCCUUCAAGGUUAUGGGCUUCUUACUGGCCGAGGUUGCAUCAAUUUUAAUCGAGGGAAAAAUUCUCCGGUUUGGGUUAGCUGUAGUGUUGUUCGUUGCCGCGUCCGUAAAGCGGCAGGGCUGA